UGUGAAGUCCGUAGCCGCCUUGCCUCUUCCCGCUCCGGCUGCCGUUGCGAACAGUGCAAACGAUCGUCGGGAAGCCGCCGUGUACGUAGGUGGUAGGUGGAAGGGUCACGUUCCCAAACUGGGGUGCAGGUUGUUCCGUUCCCUGAGUUUGAGUCGGAGUCUUGAUGCUGUUUCCAGGAUAUCUCAACGUGAACUUUAACUGUCAAGAUCAUUUGAACAGUGAACAGAACAAUAUUUUUCCUUCUGAGAGCUGGCUACGGGAUUCUGAGUUUCUCCUGCAGUGCUGUCCUAUUUGCUACCUUUUCCUAAAACAGGACAUGGAGUUAUGUUCCUUUCUUCAUGUUAGGUGCUAAUGAAGUUACUCGCUUCAUCAGAGGAAAUGCAGAUCCAUGAAAUUACAUUUUGUGCAGGUUGUCGUUAACUCUGUUGGCAAUGUCUAUGAUUUUAUCUGCCUCUGUGGUCCGUGUGAGGGAUGGACUCCCACUGUCUGCAUCUACUGAUUAUGACCAGAGCACGGGAAUGCAAGAAUGUAGAAAAUACUUUAAAAUGCUCUCAAAGAAACUUUCUCAGCUUCCCGAUAGAUGUACUCUGAAAACUGGGCAGUAUAACAUAAACUUUAUAAGUUCUCUGGGAGUAAGCUAUAUGAUGUUGUGCACUGAAAAUUAUCCCAGUGUCCUGGCUUUCUGCUUCCUGGAUGAGCUUCAGAAAGAGUUCAUCACUACCUACAAUAUGAUGAAGACAAAUACUGCUGUCAGACCGUACUGUUUUAUAGAGUUUGAUAAUUUCAUUCAGAGGACCAAACAGAGAUAUAACAACACACGUUCUUUGUCAACAAAGAUGAAUCUUGCUGACAUGCAGACAGAAAUCAAACUGAGACCACCUUAUCAAAUUUCUGUGUCAGAACUUGGUUCAGCUAAUGGGUUUGCACAUUUAUCUGUGGCGGAAUAUAAGGGUACUGGUAAGAUAUCUGCAGCUCCUCAUCAGCGUCUGGAACCUGUCACUCUGCCAGGGAUUGUCUCAUUUGUGCUUAGUCUGUUAUGUGGGGCUUUGAAUUUAAUUCGUGGCUUUCAUGCCAUAGAAAGUCUUCUCCAGAAUGAAGGUGAAGAUUUCAGCUAUGUUAUCGCAUUUUUUCUUGGAACAGCUGCCUGUUUGUACCAGUGUUACCUGUUUGUAUACUACACGGGCUGGAGGAAUGCCAAAUCCUUCCUGACUUUUGGGUUAAUUUGUCUGUGUAAUAUGUAUCUGUAUGAACUGCGCAACCUGUGGCAGCUCUUCUUUCAUGUGACUGUGGGAGCGUUUUCUACCUUACAAAUUCGACUGCGACAACCACAGGGAAAGUCCCCUGAUUACAAUGUCUGACAAGUCCUGGAACAUUUAGAGGCAGUCUUGUUCCAACAGCUAUUCACUCUCAGGAAUGUAAAGCUGUUCUCCAAAAGAAGCUGUCUGGAUGGGGCUUUUUUUUUUUUUUGUUUUGUUUUUUUUUUUUUUAAAUAAAGCAGUGUAAGAUGCCUGUGGACAUUUUUCACUUGAUGGUUAAACUUUUUUUUUUUUUAAAUGGAGGACACAAAAGAAUAUGGGAGGAAAUGGGUUAUAUCAAUGCAGUGAAAUGUAUAUAGGGACACCAAGUUUGGGGAAUUUCACUGGUGGCAUAAAAAAGCUUCAUUCAAAAGUAUGUUAAUGGAAGGAAUGUAUACAGUACGUGUUCUGCAUAUCAUGCAAGCUUUUCACUUCCAAAAUCAGUUUUGCCUUUGUGAGGCAGUAGGGGAUAGGCUAAAUAAAUAAUAAUAAUGCUAUUGCAUAUUAGCAAACUAGAUUUGGAAAAUGUAAGAUACUAAAUUUUGGAAUGUUUUGUUUCACAUUGACAUAUAUGUGAAUGUUUUCUUAAUUAAAAUGUAACCUGGAAA